AUGUUGUUUUUUGUGACAGGCCUCUUACUGGGGUUGUUCAGUCAAGUAAGAGCACAGAACCUUACAAGUGCAUAUAUAUCGACUAUCAGUGAGCGACUGGCCCAGGGUGCAGUGCACAGUUGGGAGUAUGGAACGCGUGCCGAGGCUCUCCUGGAGCUCAAUGCGCCGACGUACUCCGUCGUGUCUUUCAAUGCUGUCCCACCUCCACAUAGUAUUCCAUCUAAUAUAUCAAGUGCACUUGGCGAAGUGUUCACCAUUGCUCAUGACGUCGUCGUCGCUCGAAGCUUGUCCAAUAUUACUGGGCCCCAGCCCCUGAUCGCUGAUACGAGUGCAGGGGAUCCAGCAAGUAUCGGAGUUGCCGUGUUACUUGCAAACUGGACGGGGCAGGGGGCCCUAGAUGGACUAGACUAUGCAGGGGCAGCACGGGACCAACUCAACUACCUGUUUCAAAACGUGUCCAAGACCAGCGAUGGUGCCCUUUCUCACAGAGUAGGCCAAUUGCAACUUUGGAGUGAUUCUGUGUACAUGGUUCCUCCGUUUUUGGCAUAUUAUGGUGUCCUGACACAAAACAAGACCAUUCUGACUGAGGCAUACACACAGAUCAGAUUGUACCGAAAAUAUCUUCAAGACGCGGCAGCCGGCAAUUUGUGGAAGCAUAUACAACUUGGUCAGGCAGGAAAUGACGAUGGGCACUGGUCAACAGGUAAUGCAUGGGCGGCGGCAGGCAUGAUACGGGUCCUGGGGACUAUUCAACGUUCCCCGUACGCGAAUUCGCUCAAGAGUCAACAGAAUGAUCUUGCCAGAUGGGCAGACGAGAUUCACGGAGCAAUGUAUUCUCACAUUAACUCCAACGGAUUGUUCUAUAAUUACGCUGAUAAUAAUACUACGUUUUAUGAUGCCUCAUCAACUGCGUUACUGGCCAGCACGGUUUAUCGGUUGUCUCUCCUUGGCAAUAUCCAUACGUACAUCCCCCUCGCUGAACAGGCUCGCAAUGCGCUCUUACUUCUGCUGGCACCAUUCACAACAUCCACCGCACUUUCCGCAACUAUGUCUGGCCUGCUCCACUUCACGCCGGAAGGAUGGCUCACACCUGUAGUGAAUCCAUACUCUUAUGACGAGCAGGGCUCCGACAGUCCGGAGGGACAAGCGUUCAUCCUUGAGCUGCAGGCUGCAUGGCGUGACUGGAUAGCAGACGGGGCACAGGGUGCAAAUAGCGCCCGCGAAGCUCGGCCUCAUGUCUUAAUGAUAGAAGCUAUAGUGGUCCUGCAGGUAAUGACCGUCGUUGGCUACAAUGGCUAG